GGCACACACAGCUCUCUGCUUUGACACACUCUCCGGGAUAUCCUCAAGGAAGGAGAUAAUUAAAAGACUCUCCCUGUACUACAGUGCUUUAAAUAUGACCGAAUUAAUUGAGUCUGUUUACCUCUCAAUUGCCAGAAUUUCCAGCGAGUCAAAUGGCGUGGAAAUGAACAUUGGUGAAAAUAUUUUAUUGAAGGCGCUGAGUAAAUUUAGUUCCCUGUCAGUUGAAAAUUUAAAAAAAAAAUAGAAAGAAAAAGGAGAUAUUUCUUCUGUUAUAACGGUAAAAAACAGACCAAAAUUAUUCUUUAUUAGGAAAAAUCAGGUUCUUUAUUUAUCUGAAGUAUUUUCGUGUUUAAAGGGUCUUUCAGAGAUGACUGGGAAGGACUCUACAGCACAGAAAGUGCAAAAAAUAGCAGAAUUGCUUACACGGUGCAGUGUAGAUGAAGAGAUCAAGUAUAUUAUACGGAUUAUUGAUGGGAAGAUGAAAAUCGGGUUAUCCACACAGAGUAUUUUAUGCGGGCUGGGGCUUUCAUUUAAGGAGCGGUUUGGUUUGAAAAAUAGUGAAAAAACCGUUAUUUUUGAUUCUGAAAAUGGAAAAAUUCAAACAGAAAAUAAUUUAUGCAGUAAUCAGAUUGAAUGGACAGAUGAUGAAAAUAAAGUAAUGGAGGAUAUAAAAGAAGCAUAUGCUCAAUUGCCUUCAUUUGAGAAAAUCAUAAAAAAUGUAUUUUCUAACGGAAUUUCAUCUCUCUCCUCGGAUUUAAUCACUCCCGGGUAUCCUUUAAGACCGAUGCUGGCGAUUCCUGAGAAGAGUCCAGAAACUGUCUCUGCUAGGUUUAAAAGUGAAUAUUUAGUGGAGUAUAAGUACGAUGGAGAAAGAGUCCAAGCACACUACUUCAACGGAAAAAUAGAAUUAUUCAGCAGGGGAUUAGAAUCUACAACGGAAAGGUUUAACCAAUUAAUUGACUCACUGAAGAAAUCGAAUAAAACCGGCGAGAGUUUUAUAAUUGAUGCAGAAGUAGUUGCGUACUGCAGGGAUACGCAGAAGAUCCUUUCAUUCCAGACACUAUCCAACAGGAAAAGGAAAUUUACAGAAUCAAAUGCGGGUAAGUCUGAGAGUGACAUUGCCUUGUUUAUAUUUGAUAUUCUGUACUUGGGAAGGCCUCUUAAUAAGAUGAGUAUACGGGAGAGGAAGAAGAUUCUGAAUGAAUCCUUUACUCAGAUAAAAGGAGAAAUAUUCAUUGCAGAGAGUUUUAUGUUCUGCACCAACGACUUAGAAAGGUUGAACAAGAUAUUUUCCGACUCACUGGCCAGUGGGUGUGAAGGGGUUAUGGUAAAGUCAGCUGACGAGACAGAUUCUGGGUACGAGCCAUCUAAAAGGAGUCAGAAAUGGGUUAAGCUCAAGUCAGACUAUAUCACUGGGUUAUUUGAGACUCUUGAUUUAUUGGUUAUAGGUGGAUACACUGGAAAAGGUAAGCGAACGGGCGUAUACGGCGGAUUUCUACUUGGGUGCCUAAAUGAAAAUGGCGUAGUAGAAACAAUCACAAAGAUAGGCACGGGGUUCAGUGAGGCAGUGCUUGAAGAUCUGAGUAAGGAGCUUAAAUCAUGCAUUACAACAGAAGCACAGACAGAGAUAAGCAUACAGAACACACCUGACGUAUGGUUUAAACCAGUCACUGUAUGGGAAGUGGCUGCCGCAGGAUUUUCUGUAUCCUCUGAGUAUACGGCUGGAAUGGGUGCAUUUGACCUUCCGGAUGGCAAGGGAAUUUCUUUGAGAUUUCCUCGGUUUAUUAGGCAAAGGGAUGACAAAGCAGCGGACAGUUCCACGUCAAGUGAGCAGCUCCUUCAUUUAUUCAGGGCAUCCCAGCAGUGAAUUUUCAGUUAUUUUUACUUAUAGUAGUACUAUUAGUGAAGACUUAAUGAGGUAGGAGUAAUAAAUUCU